UGAGUAAAAUUCUCACUAGCUGGCCCCCUAGAAAUGGGCUUCUCCCAUUUGAGGGCUCUGCAACAUCCUACUCUGCCCAGCUCCCAGUUGGAGACUUCUACCCAUCUUUCCCAACUCUGUGUUGAGAGAAAGAGUCUUCAGACCCUGUCAUUCUGUCACUGGACAUUUAGAAAGCACCUGCUCUGUGCCAGGCUUGGUGGAAGACACUAGAUGGAGGUACAGCACUAUUCCUGCCCACUGGCGGCACGCGGUCUGGAGCAGAAGGAUGGGGUGCGUGAAGUCCAAGUUCCUCCGGGAUAGAGGAAAAGUCUCCAAAACCGAGCCUAGCUCCAAUCUACACACCCCUGUGUACGUACCAGAUCCCACGUCCUCGCUCAAGCCGGGGGCUAACAGCAGCAGCAACCCCCCGGGGCUUGUGGAGGGUGCCGAGGACUUCAUUGUGGUUGCCCUGUAUGAUUACGAUGCCAUUCACAGAGAAGACCUCAGCUUCCAGAAAGGGGACCAGAUGGUGGUCCUGGAGGAGUCAGGGGAGUGGUGGAGGGCACGAUCCUUGGCCACCCAGAAAGAGGGUUACAUCCCAAGCAACUAUGUGGCCCGUGUUAAUUCUCUGGAGACAGAGGAGUGGUUCUUCAAGGGCAUCAGCCGGAAGGAUGCAGAGCGCCAACUCCUGGCUCCUGGCAACAUGCUUGGCUCCUUCAUGAUCCGGGACAGUGAGACCACCAAAGGAAGCUACUCUUUGUCUAUUCGAGACUACGACCCUCAGCAAGGAGAUACAGUGAAGCAUUACAAGAUCCGGACCCUGGACAAUGGGGGCUUCUAUGUCUCCCCAAGGAGCACCUUCAGCAGCCUGCAGGAGCUGGUGGCCCACUACAAGAAGGGGAAGGAUGGGCUGUGCCAGAAGCUGUCAGUGCCCUGCAUGUCCUCCAAGCCCCAGAAGCCAUGGGAGAAAGACGCCUGGGAGAUUCCCCGGGAAUCCCUCAAGCUGGAAAAGAGACUUGGAGCUGGGCAGUUUGGGGAAGUCUGGAUGGCCACCUACAACAAGCACACCAAGGUGGCGGUGAAGACAAUGAAGCCGGGGAGCAUGUCUGUGGAGGCCUUCCUGGCAGAGGCCAACAUCAUGAAGACACUGCAACACGACAAGCUGGUCAAGCUGCACGCCGUGGUCACACAGGAGCCCAUCUACAUCGUCACGGAGUUCAUGGCCAAAGGAAGCCUGCUGGACUUCUUGAAAAGUGAAGAAGGCAAUAAGCAGCCCUUGCCAAAAUUGAUUGACUUCUCUGCCCAGGUUGCAGAAGGAAUGGCCUUCAUCGAGCAGAGGAACUACAUUCACCGAGACCUCCGAGCUGCGAACAUCUUGGUCUCCUCAUCGCUGGUGUGUAAGAUUGCUGACUUCGGCCUGGCCCGGGUCAUUGAGGACAAUGAGUACACAGCUCGAGAAGGGGCCAAGUUCCCCAUCAAGUGGACAGCUCCUGAAGCCAUCAACUUUGGCUCCUUCACCAUCAAAUCUGAUGUCUGGUCGUUUGGCAUCCUGCUGACAGAGAUUGUCACCUACGGUCGGAUCCCUUACCCAGGAAUGUCCAACCCAGAGGUGAUCCGGGCACUGGAGCAUGGGUACCGGAUGCCUCGAUCAGACCACUGCCCGGAGGAGCUCUACAACAUCAUGACACGCUGCUGGAAGAACCGCCCAGAGGAGCGGCCCACCUUCGAGUAUAUCCAGAGUGUGCUGGAUGACUUCUACACAGCCACUGAGAGCCAGUACCAACAGCAGCCUUGAUGGGCAGGACCAGGGCAGGACCAGAAGCCUAGGCAGUGCCUGUGAGGUGGCUCCAGCACAGUUCCCCACAGCCCUUUCACCCUUCCCAUCCCCAGACACCCACUCUCAGUCUAGCCAGUGUCAUCAUCUGUCAAAUGGAUGGGUUCAACUGGACAAUCCUUUUGGACUCUAACAUUCCACAAUCUGCCAUUCUCAGGAGACCCCAAGUUGAUAUUUCUGUUGCCUAGAAGGGCUGAAUUCCAGUUACAUCUGCGGUUUAACUGGGGAAUUUUUAAAGUAAUGUAAUAGAUAUUUAAAUAAAAUAUAAGAAUGCCAAAGGCUUUACCAAAAA